AUGUCUUACGAGAAGAUGGAGGUGGUGAAUCCAGCAGAGAAGGAAGCGAGUGAAGUGUUACAUUCCUUGCUAUCCGUGGAGCGGAGAAGCGUCGACAGCAAAGAAGCGAUUAUAGUUUCUAUUCCGUCCGAUCAAAACGGUGGAGGCGAGUAUGGCGAAAGUGCCCAAUGGCACACUCCUGUCAUGGGACAACAUUCAGUUUUUGAAUUGGGAAACUCACAAAAUAUGCAACAGCACACUUACAAUGGACAUCAAGAACAGGUUCUUUGGCAAGGUCAUACUAUACAGGUAGAAAACGGAGAUGGUAAUAUGCAGGGCAUGCAGGGCACAUACAGUAUAGCAUUUGAAACAAAUGUUGAUGGAGAACCUGGUGAUAUGGAGAUAGAUACAAAACCAAAAGUUGAAAAGAAAGCGGGAACUAAACGAAAGAAGAAAUUGGCAGAAUCAGAUAGUGAUGAGGAUGUUUUUGAUAACAAGUUAGAAGAUAACCCUGCACAGGUAAAAGAAAGACUGAAACGCAGGCUG